CUUUUAAUAUUGAAAUACAUAGUUACACAAGUACAAAAAAAAAAAAAAGAUUGUUGUACACAACCUGAAAAAUAGCAGCAGGAUGGAUAAAUUUUUUCACAAGGCAGAACCCAUUUUAAUGGAUGAAGAGCUCCUGCGGACGGUGGUGGUGGAGCAGAGCACCAGAGAUCAGCUUGGUCGUGUCUCAAAGGUCGAUGAUAUGACUUUUGAUGAGGUUCUUCAGCUGAAACUGUCGUACAGAAACCUGCUGAACAUUGACAACCUGUGGGAAUUCACAUCACUGACCAAGAUAGAGUUGAAUAACAACUGCAUAAAGAAGAUUGAGGGUCUGGACCACUUGGUUCAUCUCCAGUGGCUGAAUUUAUCAUUUAACAGCAUUGAGAAAAUCGAAGGCCUAAAUUCGCUCCGGAAGCUGGAGUUCCUUAAUUUGACGGCAAACAAAAUCAAAGUGAUUGAAAACAUGGACUCGCUGGAGAAACUCAGCCUCCUCUCCAUCGCAUUCAACUGCAUCGACAAAUUUGAAAUUGUGCUUUAUCUGAGAAAACUAAAGAAGCUGAAGACACUCAACAUUAACGGAAAUCCCUUCCCCACCACGGAAAACUACAAGUUAUACAUUGCAGCCCACUUUCCGAACUUGAUGUACCUGGACUAUAGAACGCUCACCGAUAAGACCAAAAACGAGGCUUUUCUCAAAUACCAAGUUGCAAUUGAGAAACUCAAAUCUAAAGAAGAACUUGAGGAAGCCGAGCACAGACAGGAGGCGGACCUACAGCUGCACAGGGAUGCAUUUGUGGAGUACCUGAAUGGCUCUUACCUCUACAAGGACAUGUUAAAAGACGAUCAAGAGGCAGACAAAAUAUACGCCCUGCCUGGGGUGGCUGCUCUUCAUGACACAUAUCCUUUUCUGCUGCAUGUUUUCUUUGGUUCAAUAUUGUGUUUACUGCUUGUAAAUUUUCAUUUCCUUCACCCCACGUUUACAUUUGAGAGCAAGAUAGUGGACUUCUGCAACCAGAUGUUUCACUUGGGCCUCGCGGAGCAUCGAAAGCGAGAAAGGGAGUUGAACUUGUUUCUCAGAGGUCAGACUGAAGCGGAGAAACACUAUCAAGAAAAAGCAUCGGAAAUGUUGGCGGAAUUUGAGCAUCGACACCAAGAGAUGCUCGUGGAGUUGCAGCAGACUGAUGAUGCAGCAACGCUGAAGACCAAAUUCGAUCAAUACAAUGAGGAAAUCGACGCACUCCAGAAACAGUUGAUGGCACUGGAGUUCCAGAUGGUCACCCAGUUAGAGGAAAUCAUUGAGAAGUUUGACAUCAACAUGUCAGAAAUGGUCAGCCAUUUUAGAGAUAUGAUGCAGUCAAUAUUUGCUCAGUGUCGUGAUCUGGAAGAUAACUAUUACAAGCAGGUAGUCGUGGUCGCCGUAGCUGCAGUGGAAGCAGCCUCCAGUGACGGAUUGGACGAUGUUCUGGAUGAUAUGAGAGAGUCUCUCUUGGACAAAGAGGUGUUGACGGACGCCCUGGCCAACAGCCAUGACAAUCAUUUAUUCAAGAUAAAUGACAGAGAGACUGAGUUGGUGAACCGGCUUAACGCCUGGAGGGCCAGUCUCAUGAAAAAGAUUCAAGAUGACAUUCAAAAGUGGGAUUCCAUACGGAUCUCAGACAUUGAGAGAUAUGUGGACUAUCUGAAGAAGCAGCUCGAAGCCGUGUUGUGACCGGACAUUAAUAUGACCUCAUCUUUCAGACUGGGCAUACUGUGGUC